AUGCUUCAGCGUACGUUCCUGCGGCGCAUGUGGCUGGGCGGCACCAUGUCCACCGCCGCGCUUGGCCACGACGUGCGCCCCGCGUCAGGAAAGUAUAUCAACGUCGUGCCGCCCACCGACAUUCCGACAGGAAUCGCGGCGGGGUCGCUGCCGCCAGAGGCGAACGUGGCUGCUGUGCUGCCGGUGCCGCACACGUACCUUAGCAAGUGGAACCGGGCAUUGCGGAGUGACAUUUAUGAUGAGUUGCUGAAGCUUCCACUGCGUUUUAAGCUGCACGACUUUUCGAAACUGUGCCCUCCUCCACCUCCUCCUCCUCCUCCUCAGCAGCAGCAGCAGCAGCAGCAGCACCAGCAAGACCAGCUGCCGCCAGUAGGGGUGAUUGGUAGGGACUCUGUGGUGGGAUACCUCCCGCCACUCGGUCCGGCGGACCCGCUCGACACGAUUCCCUUCUUUGUGCAUCGCAACAGCAACGGUUCGCUGCCAGGGAAGUUGUACUCGAUGAACGCGCGCAAUCUGAUGCCGGCCUUCUAUUUGCGUAUCCAGCAGGUGGAGGGUGAUCUCUUCCGCUUCGAAGAGGAGCUGUUGAAGAUUUUUCCGACAAAGAAGAUAUUUGUGCGCAGUCACUCCAUCUACGUGUACAACGUGGGAAUCGACGGAAAGAUGAUCCUGCACCACUGGCUUCUCGGCUUGGGUUUUUGA